AUGGUGGCUGCUGUAGCAUGUGGCAGGCAGGCCCCAACAAGUAGGGGUGGAAGUGAUGAGGGGGCAGAAAAUUAUAAUACAAUUCUAUACAUGAAGAAACUUUCUGAGUAUGGUGUAUUUUCAUCAUUACUUAACUGUAAAAUUGAGAAAAAUUUGUGGGUUACUGAUUUGCACAGAUAUGGAAAUAAUUCAAAACAUGGAGUCAUUAUUGAUCUUACUUGUGAAAAAGGUGAAACAUUCCUGAAAUCAGUUUUGAAAAAUGAUUCAUUUGGCUAUUGCGGAGCCCACUGGCUCUGCAUGGUAAAAGAACAGUCUAAUUUAAGUUUCUUCUCCAAAAAAGGCUUCCUCACGUCGGCUACUGCUUUAAACAUAUCUGCAGUCAACUUCCUGUGCCCUGCAAAUAUGUCACAUAGAGAACAUAGGUUCACAACAGAAUUUCAAAUGGAUAUGAGUGGGAGCCGUGAACUUUUUGACAGAUCUAUUCUUCAUCUGCUGCAGGAUAUUUUGGAGUUUAGGUUAAAAGUUUCAAACCACAAUGGAAAGAAAUAUUCACGAGAUCUUUCAAUUUUGAGGCAACUAGCAACCAAUAAAAUUGAUGUAGGAUCAACCACUAUUCUACUAACUUAUGAUCGAAUUGGAAUGGCAGAUUAUAGCAUUGGUGUGGACACAUUUAAACCACAACUUUUUUAUAAGGUCCAGUCACUUCGAGCUGCUCGUAACAUUUACUCUUUACCGUUUUCUCUGGACGUGUGGGUCUCUCUGUUCUCACUACUUGUGGGUAUCACAUUUCUCCUUACUUUCAUUUUGGGUAGUGAAACAAGGCUACCUAUUGCACAGUUUAGCCUUAAUAUGUUGGAGCAACCAUCAUGGGACUUGAGUGAAGUAAUGCUUGUUACGAUUGGUGCCCUAAGCCAACAAGGUGCAGAUAGGCAUCCCAAUACAAUGGCAGCUAGGAUUUUAUUCCUUGUAUUGUUCCUGCUGGCUGUCCUGAUGUAUACAGCAUACUCAGCAAGUGUAAUCUCAAUCAUGUCAUCCACAAAACCUGUUUCAAAUUCGCUGCAAGGUAUCCUUGAGAGCAGUUCCAAAAUGUCUGUUGCUCUUCAUGACAUCCAUUAUUAUCACACCCAAUUCCAGAUUGAAAGAAAUCCACUAUCUCAAAAUUUACACAAACUGGAAUUGGUACCAGAAUUUCUCUCAUUAGAAGAAGGCUUAGAAGGAGCUUUAGAAGGGACUAUUGCUUUUUCGUGUGGUCAAGUUGAUGCCCAUACAUACUUACAAAACAGCCAACACUCAGAAGAAAGUCUGUGUGGUUUAGGUGAAAUUCCUGUUGUCAGUGGUGUUGGACAUCAAAGAAGUUUCGCACUGAGACACAAUUCACCAUUAAGAAAAGCAUUUGAUAAAGGGUUGUUAAGAUUGAUGGAGCAUGGGUUAGUCAAGAGAGAAUGGCAUCGAUAUUUUGGCAAACGGCCAGCCAGUGAGCUGCACUGUGAAGAAGCUAGUUCCAGUACUGGAUUUGUAAGGAUCACACUAGAUGAUGUGUGGCCUGCAGUGAAAAUGUUUGGUGUGGGUUUGACAAUUGCAAUACUGCUGCUACCCACUGAGCUGCUAGUGAGGCAAUGUACCAGAUAUAUGCAGAAGAAAUCUGCUGAACAGUAUAUAGAAGAGGUCACUUCCAAUGACUGGUCGUUUAGAAAUAAUGGAAGACGGUCCUCAAACCAAGUGAAAACAUUCUGGAACAAGCUUAAUACUUUAAUUCCCACUACAAAAACUGAGUUGCCCUUUAUCCAUUGACAAUCCUGAAUAGAUAAU